AACUCAAUGACAUCAGCUGGUUUUUAAUGUCUACUCAAUUUGGCAUUAAUGUUUGAUGCACUUCUGAAAACUGUCUAAGGGGAACAAGAUUCUGAUCAAAUCGAUGGCACUCUGCAUGAUUUAGUGGAACCUCGUAAGUUUCCAAAUAUGAUACAAAACAAAUCGGAUUCACGUCGACGCUUGAAUGCAACUGGUACUGCUACUGCUGAUUACAGCAAUGCUAGCACCGACACCACCGAGACAGAUGGUUUUGUGAACGAACAAUGGGUAGCGCCGAAUGUGGAAGACGCAACACCUUGGAAGACGAUUGCAAUCAUUCUUGUAUUGUUCGUCGGCGGAACUGUAUGUAUUUGCUGUGCAACCUUAAGUUGGUUAGCGGACGCAAAUCAGGAUCGGUCAGAUCGCAUAGGAGCACUAACAAUCAUAGGCGCAUUGACUAUAAUUCCUGGGGGAUACUAUCUGUAUAUUCUACUGUGUAUUUUAAUGCAUCGAACGGGCUACACAAUGGACGAUAUUCGUCGAUUGGGCUAAGAAAAAAAUCUGCCAACUAUUAUUUUAUUCGCUUG